AUGGAUAGAACUGCUUUGGAAAAGUACCAUCGAAUUGAAAUCCUUGGCGAAGGAUCGUAUGGCAUCGUUUACAGAGGGAUUGAGAAGAGUACAGGUAAGUUGGUGGCUAUGAAGAAGAUGCGUUUGCGAUAUCGAUCGGAGGGUAUUCCUGGCACAGCUCUUCGUGAAAUGACUUUACUUAGAAGACUGAAACAUCCUAACAUCGUUUCUCUGCUGGAAGUGAUUUUGGAUGAACAACUGGUUUACUUGAUUUUCGAAUUUGUUAGUAUGGAUUUAAGAAAAUGCAUUGAUAACAUUCCUUAUGGGAAACUGAUGAAGAAAGAUGAGCAAAAGUCGUACUUGUACCAGAUUUUGCAAGGCAUUUGUUUCUGCCACCAGCGCAACGUCCUACAUCGUGAUUUGAAGCCACAAAAUUUGCUAGUUGACGGAAAUGGUGGCCUUAAGAUUGCUGAUUUUGGGCUUGCACGAGAACUGCAGUUUGCAAAAAGACAAUACACUGAUGUGGUAGUCACUUUGUGGUAUCGACCGCCAGAAAUAUUAUUCGGCUCUACCAAUUAUUCGAUGGCAGUUGACAUGUGGAGCAUCGGGUGCAUUUUUGCUGAAAUGGCCAUGAAAGAAGCUCUCUUUAGAGGUGAUUCGGAAAUCGAUCAAAUUUUCCGUAUUUUCAGUAUACUGGCGACUCCGAAGGAUGAAAUACGGCGUGGAGUGCUACAUAUGCCAGCUUUCAUGAAACGGUAUCCGGAAUACACGGAAAACAAACUUCCGAAAAUUCUUGCUGACUACAUGGACGAGGGUGGAAUCAAAAUUUUGCAACAAAUGCUUACUUACGAUCCGAUGCAGCGAAUCUCGGCGAAAAAACUGUUGAAGGAUCCUUACUUCAACGAUGUCGAUCGGACAAAGCUUCCAGCCGGCGAUUAUGACGGAUCUGCUGUGCCACCUCGCAUCUGGUUUUAA